CUUGGGGCUCCUCAUUCUUUGUCCCCUUCCGUGCCUCAGCACAAGCGUCGUGGCUGCGUUAGAGCGUGUUGUCUUGGUAAGCAGGAUUGGGCACCGAGCGCGAGUUUAGAUGUCAAUUAGCGCUCAGACGCAUCUCAGAGCCGGCUGAGUUGCUCCGACGUAUCGCCUCAAAGAAUCACCUAACACGUGUAUAGUAAUAGAGUGAUGCGCACGUAAACGUCCACGGACACGCCCUUCGAAUUUCCAAGUGCCAUCCCUGCGCACACAGUAACAACGUAACAAUGGCGGAGAGCACCGAUGCCGCGUUUGUCGAAGAUGACGACCUCGAUCGCACCUUCUCUCAGCGUCCGAACUCCUCUCGAUCGAAUGAAAGGGUGCCACUUCUUGUCCACAGUGAGCUUAGCAAGUCUGGCGCCAGCUCACCUGAGCUCGACCGCGUCGACGAGAACACCCGACUCCUAAACCCAACGCCGAUCGACUACCGGAGCUCAAACAACAAUGCGGACGAGAACGGGGAACCAGAGUGGUUCCGUGAGUUUGAGGGACUUCCCUGGUGGAAGAGGCCCUCAAUUCACUGGCUGCUGCCUCCGUUCCUUCUGUUCACACUUGCCUUUGGCGGCGUCGUCGUACCCAAGAUCAACCUAAUCAUGGAUCUAGUCUGCGAGGAAUACUACGCCCAGCUUGACGGCAAUGGCGACCCCAUCUCAGGGCCUAUGGAUCCAGGAACAGAUAGGUGUCAGAACGAUGCUGUGUCUUCUCGAUCCUCGCUCUUCCUCUUGUACGGCAGCUUGUGCUCUGGAAUACUUGCCGCUAUCACAAGCCCCAAACUUGGUGCUCUAUCAGACCGCUUUGGAAGGAAGACAUUCAUGGUCGUGAACACAUUUGGUGCACUAUUCGGAGAGAUCCUUACUAUUCUGGCUGCGAAAUUCCCGGAGACUGUUCAUGUAAACUGGAUUUUGGUUGGUCACGCAUUGGAAGGUCUUUCUGGCUCUUUCAUUGUGAGUAUGGCGCUAGCACACUCAUAUGCCAGUGACUGCGUGGCGCCACAAAAGCGGAACGUAGCCUUUGCCUACUUCCAUGCAGCCUUGUUCAGUGGCAUUGCAGUGGGACCUGUCGUGGCUGGCUACAUAAUCAAGGCGCGCAUGAAGUACGAGAGCAAGCUCGAUGCUGUAGUCUUCAUCUUCUACUUGGCACUAGCGGCUCACGGUCUCUUCAUCGCAUUCCUUCUGUUCUGCAUACCCGAGUCGCUGAGCAAGUCACGUCAGGAAGCUGCGCGCGAGAAGCACAGGGAAGAACUGGAACGUCUUGGCCCCGCGGCAGACUGGAUCAAUCAACUACGACACAUUAACCUCUUCCGUCCGUUGAAGAUCCUCUGGCCCACUGGCCCAGGCUCGUCUUCUGCCGUUCGCUGGAACUUGCUUCUGCUCGCUGCCACAGACACCAUCAUGUUCGGCGUUGCCAUGGGCGCAACGGGUGUCGUGCUUGUUUACACUCGCCGUCAGUUUAACUGGCAAUCAGUUGAGUCCGGCAAAUUUGUCAGUAUCGUCAAUGCCUGUCGAGUCGUGGCGCUUCUUGUGGUCCUCCCACUUAUGACCCGCCUGGUGCGAGGCAAAGGCAACGCUAUGAAGCAACGCAAGUCUGGGACCGACCUGUUCGACCUGACCAUCAUUCGAGCGGCGAUCUUCUUCGAUACUCUGGGCUACAUUGGAUACGCACUUGCGCCGAGCGGAGCAUUUUUCACGCUGUCCGGUGUUGUUACUGCCGUUGGCGGCAUUGGAUCACCGGCACUUGGAGCAGCUUUGACAAAUCACGUUCCGAACGACAAGGUUGGUCAACUUCUCGGUGCGACUGGUCUGCUACACGCCAUUGCCAGGGUCAUCGGUCCUACGAUCUUCAACGGCAUCUAUAGUGCCACUGUCGCAGGCUACCGACAGACUGUUUUUGUGGUUCUUGCUUCGAUGUUCGGGCUAGCGUUCCUGUGCAGCUGGUUUGUACGUCCUCACGUCUACCUUGAAGACGACGAGUCCGUUACGAUUGGUACCCAGUCCACGGAUGCAUAGUACGUACCUGCUGCCUUUCCCAGGUUGCGUGUGGUUUAUAUAUGGCAUGGCAUAGUACAUAAGUAGAAAUGCAUCCUUGAGAGAACUUGACAAAAUUCAUGGCAACAACCCGCUCGCGAUUUUGGGAAAGCAGAACACCUACUGCUUGGGCUUGUGACAAGAUUUCUUUUCACCUUUUUUUUUUAUCGUGGUUGCAACCCCACCACCGCCUAUCACCAAAGCCAUCAGAAGCAAAAGAGUUGUGUAAUGGCUCUUUGACUGUGCCGUAGUUAUCCGUAGACAUCCGCAUCUAAUCAUAUUCCUGACUGUCUGCCUGCCUUAGUC